AUGUCGUAUGACGGACGCUCCGGAGCAUGCAGCACCUGUACAACACAACAAUACAUACAUGAAUCAGCUAUCGGUAAUAUAUUCUCGUUGUUGCUGUCAUUGAUGUUUAAUCGGCAAGGUCAGAAAAUGCAAUUCACCAAAACCAACCCAACAAAAAUAUUCAAACUCAAAAUUCAAACUCGUACAACGACUAUUAUUCUUCAUUUCCCAUAA